GACAGUGGGCACCAAGUCACCAGGCACGACAGUGGGCUCUGAGUCAAUUGGCACGACAGCGGGCACCGGGUCAUCAGGUAUGACAGCGGGCACUGGGUCACCAGGCAUCAUCAGGUCAUUUGGCUUGCCAGCGGGCACCGCGUCAUCUGGCAAGGCAGUGGGCACCGGGUCACCAGGCAUUGGAUCGUCUGGCUCGACAGCGGGCAUCGGGUCACCAGGUAUGACAGCGGGCACUGGGUCACCAGGCAUCCAGUCAUUUGGCUCGCCAGCGGGCACCACGUCAUCUGGCAAGGCAGUGGGCACCGAGUCACCAGGUACGACAGCGGGCUCUGAGUCAAUUGGCACGACAGCGGGCAUCGAGCAUCAGGCUGGAUAUCUGGAUCACAGGGGUAGAGGCAUCAUCGAGGUAGACAGGCAUCAGGCUGGGUAGAGGCAUCAGGC